AUGCCUUUUUGUUUCCGCGGCUUUGAGCUCUUCCAGCCGCACUAUCCCAGUUCUUUCGACGGCAGCGCCAUGGCCUGGUCUGCUGGAUGGUCUGGGACACCAAGGCUUGUCCAGGCUUUUGCACGGGCAUGCCCAAGGUAUCCGAGGUACCAACACAGGAGCCUGACGUCCAAAACCUUAGGGAUUGUCAAGGACACAUUGCCCCUGGUGGCUGAAGCAGGCACCGACUUCACAAGCCACUUCUACAAGCGCAUGUUUGCCGCCCACCCAGAGCUGCUCAACACGUUCAACUUGGCCAACCAAAGCCAGGGAAAGCAGCAGAAGGCGCUCUUCUCUGCGGUGGCAGCUUCGGCCGUGAACGUGUUGGAGCACGGCACUUUGCCGCUUGAACUCAUCGAGGGCGUCAAUCACAAGCACUGCGCGCUGAAUGUGAUCCCGGCCCAGUAUGACGUGGUGGGAGAGCACAUUCUGGGAACCAUCGACGACAAGUUUGCCCCCGGCCAGGAAGUCUUAGAUGCGUGGGCCGAACUCUAUGGGGCCUUAGCGGGACAUUGCGUCAAGCGAGAGGAAGAGCUCUACAAGGAGGCGGAGUCCAAGCCUGGUGGCUGGCGGGGCGUGCGCAAGUUUAGCCUUGCGGAGAAGGUUGUCAGGAGCAGUGUCAUCACUGAGUUCACCUUCAAGCCGGUGGAUGGCAAGCCCAUUUGUAGCUACAGCCCGGGCCAGUACACCACCAUUUGGGUUUACCCAAAGGGGACGGACAAGAGACAGCCGCGCCACUACAGCUUGAUUUCUGAGCCUGGUAGUGACCACAUCACCAUCGCCGUGAAGAAAGAAAGUGGCGGGCUGGUUUCCCCGUUUCUGCAUGACCGCACCGCGGUGGGUGACGAAUUCGACUUCUCCCCACCAUUCGGCAGCUUCAGCGUCGAGGGUGCGCAGGCGCUGUGGACCAAGGAUCCCGAUGCGCCGGUGGUGCUGCUCUCCGCCGGAGUGGGCAUCACGCCGAUGCUCAGUAUGCUGGGCACUCUCAAAAAUGGGGCCCAGGCAUCGGAGCGGCCGGUGCUGUGGCUCCAUGCGGCGGAGAAUGGCCGCCAGCAUGCCUUCCGUGACUACAUCACCGGCCUGGCCCGUGCACACCCCGAUGAUGUGCUGCGCCGUGUCUGGUACAACAGCCCGAACCCCGACGACGUCAUGGGCUCCGACAACCGGGCUCCGUUCCACUUCACCGGGAUGAUGGACCUUGCGCAAGUGAAAGACCUCUUACCUUUGGACAAGGAGAACGCCUUGUACUACUUCUGUGGGCCACUCCCUUUCAUGAAGUCCAUUGGUGGGCAGUUGCUGGAGAUGGGCGUUCAGCGGAUCCUCGGCAACGGCUGA